GACUUUGAACUUUAGGAAGGGCUCUUUCAGAUCUUCUGGCCCAGACCACUGGUGGCUCUGAAAGAUGGCCACUGAAGGUUAUUGCACUUAAGAAUGAACAUUGAAGACAAGCUGGGAGGAUUAUUUCUUAAAUGUGGUGGCAUAGACCAAAUGCAGUCAUCCAGGGCUAUGGUAGGGAUGGGUGCAGUAUCUGACCAGUCUGGAGUAUCGGGAGAACGGCAAGAGGCAGUGCUUCAAGAUCGGACUAUGGCGCACCAAGAAAUUCUUGCAACAGAUGAAGUGUUACAGGAAAGUGAACUUCGACAGCAAGAGAUGAUUUCACAUGAUGAACUCAUGGUCCAUGAGGAGACGGUAAAAAAUGAUGAUGACAUGGAUACGCAAGAUAGACUUCCUCAAGGGCUGCAGUAUGCUGUUAAUGUCCCUAUCAGUGUAAAGCAAGAAAUUACCUUUACUGAUGCAUCUGAACAACAGAAACGAGACAAAAAACAAAUACGAGAGCCAGUAGAUUUGCAGAAAAAGAAGAAAAGAAAACAGCGUUCACCAGCAAAAAUCCUUACAAUAAAUGAGGAUGGAUCACUUGGUCUGAAAACCCACAAAUCUCAUGUUUGUGAGCAUUGCAAUGCUGCCUUUAGAACCAACUACCAUUUACAGAGACAUGUCUUCAUUCAUACAGGUGAAAAACCAUUUCAGUGCAGUCAGUGCGACAUGCGUUUCAUACAGAAGUACCUGCUACAGAGGCAUGAGAAGAUUCAUACUGGUGAAAAGCCAUUUCGUUGUGAUGAAUGUGGUAUGAGGUUUAUUCAGAAGUAUCACAUGGAAAGGCACAAAAGAACUCACAGCGGAGAGAAGCCUUACCAGUGUGAAUAUUGUUUGCAGUAUUUCUCCAGGACUGAUCGUGUGCUGAAACAUAAACGUAUGUGCCAUGAGAACCGUGACAAGAAACCGAACAGAAGUGCCACCAAAGUUGGCUUUUUGCCAUCGGAGGAAGAUUCUGGUUUCUCUACGCCUAUGAAAGACAGCUCCUUGCCAAAGAAGAAAAGGCAGAAAACGGAGAAAAUGAAAUCUGGGGAUAAGGAAGGUACAGAUAAAUCAGAACAGAAGAAGGACAAAAAUGACUAUUUGCCUUUGUACUCUUCUAGUACUAAAGUAAAAGAUGAAUAUAUGGUAGCGGAAUAUGCUGUUGAGAUGCCACAUUCUUCAGUCAGCGGAACGCAUUUAGAAGAAGCAAAUUCUGGAGAAAUACACCCACCUAAGCUCGUUCUCAAAAAAGUUAACAGCAAGAGGAGUCUGAAACAGCCACUUGAGCAAAGUCAAACCAUUUCACCUUUAUCUACAUAUGAAGACAACAAGGUUUCAAAGUAUGCCUUUGACCUUGUGGAUAAACAAAGUUUACUGGACUCUGAAGGUAAUGCUGACAUUGAUCAAGUUGACACAUUACAGGAAGGGCCCAGUAAACCUGUACACAGCAGCACUAAUUAUGAUGAUGCAAUGCAGUUUUUAAAGAAAAAGAGGUAUCUACAAGCAGCUAGUAAUAACAGUAGAGAAUAUGCCUUGAAUGUAAGUACCAUAGCAUCUCAACCUUCGGUAACACAGGCAGCUGUGGCCAGCGUCAUUGAUGAAACUGCUACAGCUUCAAUAUUAGACACACAGGCACUGAAUGUUGAAAUUAAAGGUAGCCAUGACAAAAAUGUCAUUCCAGAUGAGGUACUGCAAACUCUGUUAGAUCAUUAUUCACACAAGGCUAAUGGACAACAUGAGAUAUCUUUCAGUGUGGCUGACACUGAGGUGACCUCCAGUAUAUCAAUCAAUUCUUCUGAAGUAUCUGAGGUCACCCAAUCUGAGACAGUUGGAACAAGCUCUCAAGCUUCCUCAUCAGAUAAAGCUAGUAUGCUACAAGAAUAUUCAAAGUUUUUACAACAAGCUUUGGACAGAACUAGCCAAAAUGAUGCCUAUUUGAACAACCCGAGCCUUAAUUUUGUGACUGAUAACCAGACUCUUACAACCCAGCCAGCAUUUCCUUCCAUGGAGAAGGUCUACACGUCUAUACCCGUCAAUAGCUUUCGAUCGGGAAUGAACUCUCCAUUAAGAACGACUCCAGACAAGUCUCAUUUUGGACUAAUGGUUGGUGAUUCGCAGCACCCUUUUCCCUUUUCAGGUGAUGAGGCAAAUCAUUCUUCUUCCUCCUCUACACAGGACUUCUUGGAUCAAGUAACUUCUCAGAAGAAAGCAGAGGCACAGCCUGUUCACCAAGCAUAUCAAAUUAGCUCCUUUGAGCAGCCCUUUAGAGCUCAGUACCAUGGGGCAAGAGCUGGAAUAUCAUCUCAGUUUAGCACUGCCAAUGGACAGGUGAACCUUCGGGGACCAGGGACAAGUGCUGAUUUCCCAGAAUUUCCCUUGGUGAAUGUAAAUGAUAGCAGAGCUGGGAUGACUUCUUCACCUGAUGCCACAACGGGCCAGACUUUUGGCUAAGAAAUCUUUGUAAAUAAUACUGGCACUUUAGAACACAUUUGUCAAAAGGGGGUUGCUCUGUAUAAGAUGGAGUUCUGUACAGCUUUUAAGAGCGCUAUGUUAAAACAAAAGUAAGCUGAUAUUAGCAAGACCAAUAACUGCUUUUUUUUUUCUUUCUUUUUUUUCUUUUUUUUUUUUUUUGGUUAGUCACCAGUCAUUGAACUGCCUGAUGUUGGUGCCCCUAUCAAAGGCAGUUUAUUAUUCAUUUGUUUGAAUCCAGAAAAUAUUUUACCUUCUAUGAAAUUUAAAAUAAACAAAAUCCCCAGGUAAGACUUUCCCCCAUGAUUGUUUCCUUACUGGUUUCCUUGUAUGCUUUCGGAGGACAGUUUAUUGUCUGAUGCUAUUCAUAUUGUCAUUUCUAAGCUUGUCACUAUAGUCAUUGCUCUUCAGCAGGGAGUCAACAUGUACUAAACACACAGAAUGAAUAGUAAGUUUCAAAGUCAAGCAAAUAUGGCUUUAAAAGAUGGCAUUUUCUAGAAAAAUAAUCUUUCUUCCAUCUCUCUCAAAAAUAACUUUAGACCAUGUGCCCUUUAUUUCUGCUUUGCAUUACCUUGAGUUGUGUUUGGAGGAAAAAAUGAAUUCUGAUAGACUAACUCUACUAUUUAAAAAUCUAAUUAAUUUAAAAUACUUUAGACACUUUUUAAAGCAAAAUGCCUAACUGCUAAAGCCUUUACUUCAUUCCUGAAGUAAUGUGUAUUUCUUUGUACAGCUGAAUCUAGAUGUAACUUUUUAAUGACUUUUUCAUACGCAGAUAUCAAGAUUUUGAAGUUUUAGUUAAAAUACUGUGUAGAUGACAUUCCCAAUUGCAUAAUGCUUACACAAACUGUGUAUUCCAAGAUUUAAAAGCUUAAUUGUACCUUACCCUACAUAUUCAUAAUGAUUAACAUAGAGCACUUAGUCAACUUGAUAGUUUUUGAUUUCUCAAAAAAUAAAACCAUUUUUAGAUUUUUAGGUUUGAUACGGUUGCAUCAUUUUCAUCUCAUACAGCUCCAAUAAUUCUUUUCAAUAUACUUGAGAUUGGGUAUUCUUAGCUUCUGUAAAAACUGUUUUAAUUCUCUGUCUAGAAUUUUGACAAUUCAGAUCAUUAAAUUUAUUGAAGUAUCCCUGAAAGCUGAAGAAGUGGGCAUUCAAAUUCCCUAUCUUUUUAGUGUUUGCUUAGUAAAAGUCAUUAUAAUUUUACCAACCAAAACUGCUGAAUAAUGCUAGUGAACAGGAUUUCUUUUUCCAGCGUUGGCGAGUGAUCAGAAGUUUUCGUUGCAUUUCACAGUAUAAAUAAACCACAAAGUUUAUCCCUGUACCAUGAAUAUGUUUUUUUGAAUAGUACUUUGUCUUGAAGUAUACAGUAUGGUACGAUAAGUAGUUCUGUGUGCAUUUUUAAGGUGGUAAGAUUUGAGUAGCAUAACUAUUGUGUAGUUUAAGUUAACAAGUUACAGAUUUUUGAACUGUAUGUUCAUUCUAUUGCACCUUCCCUAAAGGGACACUGUCUGGUAGUUUAAGGCAGUUUAAGCCUAAUGUAGGCUGGUUAACCAGGGAAAAACGCACACACACACGUAUAUAUAUAGGUAUGUAUGUAUAUGGUGUAGUUUUGUUUUGUUUUGUUUUUUUUUUAAAUAGGAUUGCAUACAUCCUUUUACAGCACUAUUCCUAGCUGGUAUCUCUCAGAUGAAGCCAUCAGCUAGGAGGAAAGACUGUGUCUCAAGGGGCUAAAAUAUAUCCUGUCUUUUAAGAAAGGACUUGAGCAGGACAUACAACAGUUCCCACUUCUUCCCAAAGCAGUAGCAAUAUUUUUCUUAAUUUUCAUUACUAGGAAACUGAUCCCACUCUGUCUCUUUUCCCUUAUGGUAGCACUAUUAUAGCACUAACUUCACUUGGUACAGUUGAGGGAGAAAGUGCAUUUAUUACCCAUAGCUUGCUUCUUAUAUUUACAAGAAAUACAGUUUAUGUAAACCUCUUGCAUAAUAUUUUUGUAUGAGAAAACAGGUUCUGUUUUGAUUCAUUGACCCUGUGUAUCAUAUAGGAAGGUGUUUCAGCGUGCUAUGACUUACCAGUAAUUUUGUCUGAAUAUUUGGCCCCGAGUUAAGAAGAAUGAGCAUCAAGGGAGAAAAGUAAAUUCCUUAUGGAUUAUUAAUGAUACAUGUAAAGAAGUUUCUUUGAAAGAAUAUUUUUAAACUGCUUCAUGUGUGUCUGUUUUUCUUCCUUUAUGCUCAGUUUGAUUUUUUUUGACUUUCCAUUCUAUGUUGCACAGACAUAAUACAUAUGACCCCUGUAUCCCAGGAAGCCCUCUCUUGCAACGCAUGUUUCGUUUUCAGUGUUUCAUUUCCAUGACACCCUAGCUUGUGCCGCGUGAAUAAUACUGUGUUGGCAGCUUUGUUCUAAUGUCCUGUUGUUGCGAGUAGAUGGCCAUUAACAGUACUAUUUGUUAAAUACAACAAGCAGCAAAAGCCAAAAAAAAAAAAAAAAAAGCAAAAAACCCCCUAGAUUAUUACUGCACUUCUCUGGCCCCAUGGGGAGGUAAGAGGAAUAAAGCCUCCUUCUGCCUAAGGAGAUUGACCGAGCUUUAUUUUAAAAAGUUACUGUAUUGAUACUCUGCUGUGAGAAAGUGAUUGAGGAGUAGGAUGGAAUAGCUCUCGCUCCAUGCCAUCUUCACACUUAGGAACUGCUGCUUGGGUGCAUGAGGGAGCAAGGUAUUGUACAGAGUGAAGGAACUUGCUCUUCCAUGGAGCAAAGUUGAGAAUCCUCUGAGGAACUGUUAUUCCUUAUGUCGCAGCUCAUUCUCUAGCCUGCUGCUGAGCCAUUACAGCUAUUCUCUGUGCCUUAGGACAGGUUGUAAAGUCCCCAUCUAGCCCACAGGGACUGUCUCGCAGGGUUCUUCCAUGUGUACAAUUAAGGCAGUGGUGUGAGUAGUUUAUCUGCUGAUGCUUGAAGCUUUCUGUACUGGAGGAGUUAACCAAAUAUACUGCUAUGAUUUCCUGAGUACAUGCCCUUUUAUUCUGGAAUAAGUGUGUAUGUAGUUCCGGGAGGUUCAACUAUGUAAAAAGCACUUGCCUGUUUAAUAAUUACAUUAUUUAAUAACAUUUUCCACUGCUUGUGUUUUGCUGCUUUUAAUCUGCUACAGAUGCACACUCUUCAUUUUGAUCUGGUCAGUGUUCAUUUUUGUUAGUUUUCCGUGUAUGUCUGGAAAAAAGCGACUUUGGUUUUCUGUUCUAUUCUUGUACUGAUAUUGUUCAGUCUGUCAGCAUAAGGCUGGGGUGAGCAUUUAUAUUCCACAGAGCUAACAACAGACGUUCUUACUUAAAAGUCAUGCAAGCACUGAAUGUGUGUGUGUGUGUAGGGUGGAAUUUUUUGGGGAUAUCUCCUAGUGAUAGAGCAAUGGUGAUUUUUAAAAAAAGAAAGUUGAUGACAUUUAUUACCAAACGAUAUA